UCACCAUGGGGCAGUGCACUCGCUUGAGUUGAAGGCUCGUCACUGGAGCAAGCUGGCUGUUGAGAGAAUAAGAAAGCGGCGAAGUGGCUGAAGUCUUGGGCUGCGGAGGUCCAAGUGGCUUACAAAGAAUAGUGGGAUCUUGGGUGUUUAUUUUUAGAUUUGCCUGCAGAGGUGAAGGACAGAGCAGUUUUAAUUGAGAGUAAUUUGCUGCACAUUCCCCUAGCUGUGCUGGUACUGGCUGCCAGCUUGCUACUAUAAGCAGCUUGUGUGCCAUAGAGAGAGAGAGAGAGAGCAGAGUGAAGUGUGUGUGCGUGCUUAUGAAUUGUCUGCUCAAGGGAUGUCUUUCCUGUUCACCACACACACACUAAUGUGUUUUUCACACAGUUCCUGGCUUUAACUUUGAAGUGGACAUCUUUUUGUUGGGAAGUUUUCCCUGUGGUGGUUUUAUUAUUUUUAUAUUUAUUUAUUUUUUUAUGACUUCUAACUUGGUUCUUGGAAAGAUGUAGAGGUCCUGAUCUCGUGGAAGUUUUGCCAAAAAGGUCUUUCUGCUUUUGCUUCAGUUUGAGGAUACUGUAGAAGUUUCACUGCUACGUCUUGCGGCAGCUUCAUGUCUGCUUCAUGCAGGAACACAUUUGAACGUUUUAUGUGACUCAAGCCUGACUGGUCCAGUUGGAGGAUUGGUGGGAUGCGAGGAGUGGGCUUUUAUUUGAAGGGUUGUGCCUUCAAAAGAGGAAGUAAAAAGUGUUCUGCGUGGUUGGGCUCUCAGUGAACAGCUUUCAUGAGGUAACAGCAGGCAAAAGAAGAAAAAACAAUCCCAAAAAACACUGCAAAUCCCCUCUCCCAUCCUUCGUUUCAUCUGUAGCCAAACGAUGGGCCAAAAAAUCUCAGGGAGUAUAAAGUCUGUGGAUGUGAGGGAACCUGCGCUCCGGCCGGUCCGACGGGAGCUCCAGGGCCCAGACUUCUGUAAACCUGCCCGGCUGGACAUGUUGCUUGAUAUGCCUCCAGCCCCCAUGGACGUCCAGCUGAAACACUCCUGGAACAACGAGGACCGCUCGCUCAACAUCUUCGUCAAGGAGGACGACAAACUGACCUUCCACAGGCACCCGGUGGCCCAGAGCACAGACUGCAUCCGGGGCCGGGUAGGCUACACUAGGGGGCUGCAUGUCUGGCAGAUCCACUGGCCAACGCGGCAGAGAGGGACGCACGCUGUGGUGGGAGUGUCCACGGCUGAAGCCCCCUUGCACUCGGUGGGCUAUACCUCACUAGUGGGCAGCAACAGCGAGUCAUGGGGCUGGGACCUGGGACGUAACAAGCUGUACUAUAACAGCAAAAACCAACCUGGACUUACCUAUCCUGUAUUUUUGGAGCCGGACGAGUCCUUUGUGCUGCCAGACUCUUUGUUGGUGGUUUUGGACAUGGACGAGGGGACGCUGAGUUUUAUAGUGGACGGACAGUAUCUGGGAGUGGCCUUCAGAGGACUCAAAGGAAAAAAACUGCAUCCGAUCGUUAGUGCAGUAUGGGGUCACUGUGAAAUUACAAUACGAUACAUCAACGGACUUGAUCCGGAGCCUCUUCCCUUAACGGACUUGUGCCGGAGAUCAGUGCGCCUAGCGCUCAGCAGAGAUCGGCUGCAGGAAAUAGAAUCGCUACCCUUGCCUCAGUCCCUCAAGAGUUAUUUACAAUACCAGUAAAUAACAAAAGAAGAAAAAAAAAUUCUGGACGAAAUCGAUGCAAACAAUGACGGAAGCUAUUGUUUACACAGAGUGCUGCUCAUCUCUGUGGUGAACACUUGAGUUUCUAUUUUAUGUGGUGUCGUUCUGAAUCAUUAUCGGCAGAUCUCUGCAGAGCCCAAUGGGAACCACUGUACCAGAGGCAGGAGUUCACACACCCUCUGACUCGCUGAGAAGACAUGAACCCUCUGGAGAUGCCUAUGUUCUGGAUCAGGCCUCUGCUUUCCAUGCACAAACACCAGGAAGGACUACAUUAGAGUACUAUGUUAGCAAAUAUUUUUUUCAUUGUUCAAUAUGGGUCUUUACCACCAUUGCAAGACAGUUUGUCUUGUAAUUAUAGAAUAUAAUAUAUUACGGUAUUACUUUUUUAAAAUUAGAAGCCUGCUAGAUCUGGCUGGGGCUUAAUAUUUAUUCUGAUACGUUCAAAGCAAAAUGUGUUCCUAGGCAGUUCUGCAUGACGUCGUCCUUGAAUCUGUUCACUACCAUGCUGCCUUUAGACAAGUCACCUUUUCAAAGCUUAAGUCUCUCCUUUCCUUUUUUUUUUAAUGAGCUUCCUCUCUGUGUUUGUGUGUGUGUGAUUUUAUUAUGUUUAUUUAUCUGUUUCGAGUCAGAGAGGGGGUUUAUUAAUUCUGCUCUCGGUACCCAGGAUAAUGUCUGGAUUGGAGCUUCACAAUAAUUCUAGCGUUUCCACACACAAUUUUUUGUAUUUUUAAAGGAUGCUGCUUUUUCUUUUAUGAUUUGUUUUUUUUGUCUUCCUGACUAGUUCUGCUUUUUAUUUUAUUUUUUAUUUUUUAACUGGAGUGUUAAAUUGGCAGGAAGUCGAA